AUGACGCUGACAAAUGUACAACUACUGCAAUUACCUUCUGCUAAUGGUUUUUUAAAUUCGGUAUGCCCUGGCAUAUCAUAUUUAGAUUAUAAUGUUCAUUAUAGCCUCGAGGAGGAUCUUAACAAAUUACCCCAACAUGGGCUGCUUGAGCUAGAUUGGCCAUUGACAGGAAGCCAUUCUACAACAACUAAUAAGGCGGUUUUGUCUCCUACGUAUCUUCAUAUUUCGAGACCUCCGUUGAACAGUGUACCCGGUUCCAAUGAGUCAACUACAUACGUUUCGUUGCCGUAUCAUAUAACUAACUUUUUUGAAAAGAUUGUAAAAACUAAAGAGGCUGCUAAAUCUAAGGAUGGAGGUAUGCAUAUUGGAGCUAAUGUGAAUCCAUUAGUACAUGAUCCGUUCAAAUUGAUUCAUUUGAAUCCUGGUUGCCUUUCUACCAUUAUUGAUCUCGCUAAUAUGAAGAAUGCAAAUAAUAAUAAUAAUAAUUUUUCGAACAAGAACCCCUUCAAUAAGUUUACAAGUAACUUCAAUAAGUUACUAAAGAUUACAAAUUCGAAUACUAAUGCGAACGACAAUAACGGUAAUACCUAUAACUUGCUAUCAUUCUUGCCAGAUAAUAAAUCGAACACCAGCGGACAUAUAAUAGAAAGAAUAAUGGAGUACGAUAAUGAAUCAUAUUUGAAUGAAUUAACCUCUCUGACAACAUCCAAAUUAUUAAUUUCGUCCCACAUCAAUGUUCUAAAUGUCAUAGGUAUAGAUGAUCAUUCAAAUUAUAAACACACGCAUGAUAUUCUCUCCGAUAAGCCUAGUUUACCUUAUAAUGAGGAGUCUUUACAAGAAGGAGCUCAAUAUCCUAAGGUUAUUGAAAAUCCUUUGUUGCGAAUUCAAUUUAGGCAGAAUUUAAUUAUAACAAGUAUGGUGGCAUUCAGGAGUUUAGCUGAUCAUCCGAUUGUCAUUCUUGGUUUUGGAAGUGGCGAAAUUAUCAUGAUAAAUUUAUCUCUAUUGACGUAUCAGGUAUUUGAUGACUUGAGCUCAAACCCUACAAUGACUGAUUCUGCAUCUAUUAAUUCAUAUUCAUAUUCGAACAGUCCAAGCCAGGCUUCGGUAACCAGUUUAUCUAUAAUCUCAAAUAACGUUUACGAGUUUUUAAUAUUUGCGGGAUAUUCCAAUGGCGAAGUUGCUAUCAUAGAUCCAUAUUCCAAAUCAAAUGAUGAUAAGUCUAGACUUCGGUAUUCGAAGCGUAUUGUGGGGAAAGACGACCAUGUUACGUAUUUUAAGAAAUUCGAUUUGAGUCCAUUCACAACCACCAAAGAAGAGUUAGAAGAAUACCCUAAUUAUCUUGUUGGGCAUAUGAAGAUUAGCCAUAAAUCUAUCACCUCGAUAACAUCGACCUUGCCCUGUAAUACAAAUAAUAAUCAUAAUCAGUCUAACCCCAUGAUAGUAGCAUUUGCUUCGGAUGAUGGUUUAGUACGAUUUAUUGACCUUGUUUCGACGUAUAAAAUGAACUAUGGAGAUACAAGCAAUCCGUUGAACAACUCUUUAAUUUGCGAUAUGGUUUCCAACUACUUCCAUAAUCAGAUCACAGAUAUUCAAUAUUCGCCUGAUUUUAAAUUUUUCUGUGUUGUUGGUAAAGGAGAUCUAAUUGAAAUUUUUAAAAUGACUUAUUACAAUAUCAAUGGAUUCUUAACAAAAUAUUCUAAUAAUCACCAUUCAAAUAAUGCUAAUCCGACUGGAACUUCAACCUAUGGAGGUAUUUCUGGACGAAGAUCUAGAAGUGGAACAAUUAAUAGUGCAAACUCGGGUAGUGGAGCGAAUAUUACUGUCAACAAUCAAUUUUUAUUACCAACAUCUACAAUCCCCCCAAACACGUUUGAGCAUAUGAAGUUCGAUGAAUCGUUUCAUAAUCUAAGCAAUUCAAAUAUAAAUAUGGAACUGACUUAUCCACUUAUGGUGAAGGACAUAAAGAUUGUUAGCAGAUUCAAAGGACACACCAAUACGGUUCAUAAAAUCAAAUUCGUUAGAAAUGAAGUGAAUAUAGAGAAUUCAGAACCAUCCGUGUCUAGUAGUCCCGUCUAUAAAUUAAUAAGCUGUGGAUACGAUGGACAAAUAAUAAUUUGGGAAUUUGACUACAAGGCACUUCCAAAGGUCAAGAGACAACAUCACUCAGUAAGUAAACAUAAGAGAAGACAUUCUAUUCAGACUUCACCACCACCCUUUCAGCUGCAAUUUAAAUCUAAGCCAGUUCCCACACAUCAGAGUAAUAUAUCUUCCAACAGGAUUUCUGCAUCAAUGUCUAUGAAGACGAGCCAAAACUAUCAUGCACGAAAUAUAUCCUUAACACAACCAGAUGAUAGUAUGUCACCAUCAAUGUCUAUGGCAUCAUUUCAAUUUAAUAACUUAAAUGCACCAUGGAAUAAUACAGGUAGUGGCACAAUGACAAAUAUGACAUCUCUUUUAAAUGGCCGUAACAACAGCCGAGAAGUGUCGCAAGAGAAUUUGACUGAUAAUAUUCAAGUAAUUGUUGCAUUAUAUAAAUCUCUUUAUGACUUGAGAUUGAAAAGACAUUAUACUAAAUUGGUAUUACAGGAUCAAUCCACUUCUAAAGCAAAGAAAAAGUAUUCAACAAUAUUGCAUCCAAUUAUAAGCGAUAAGCUUGUACCUUCCAUCGAAGUACCCUUGCUAGUGAUUGAUUUGUCUCAUUGGAUCAAAGAUGGGAAAUUAGAGGGUUUUUAUGUGGAUAAAUUGAAUUUCUGGUGUUUUGGUAAAAAUGGAGACAUAUUUAGGUACAAGAUUAAAUAA